ACUCCAGUUGCCAAAAUGGAAGAAAACAGAAACUCCAGUUUGGAAGAGGAUUUUGAAGGACAGGCUACACACACAGGGCCCAAAGGUGUGAUCAAUGACUGGAGAAAGUUUAAAUUAGAAAGUGAAGAUAGAGACUCCUUAUCCUUGAGCAAGAAAGAAAUUCUUAGACAAAUGUCUUCACCGCACAAAUCCUUCAGCAAAGAUGAUAAAGAUACCAGAGAGAGAUUCUCCCGUAAGAUGAGUAUGCAGGAGUAUGAACUAAUCCAGGAUGAGAAAGAAGAUGAAAGCUGCCUACAGAAAUACCGCAAGCGCUGCAUGCAGGACAUGCACCAGAGGCUGAGCUUUGGGCCCAAGUACGGCUACUUGUGCGAGCUGCAGAACGGAGAGCAGUUCCUGGAGGCCGUCGAGAAGGAGCACAAAAGCACCACCGUCAUCGUCCACAUCUACGAAGACGGCAUCAAGGGCUGCGAGGCGCUGAACAGCAGCCUGACCUGCCUGGCUGCCGAGUACUCCACGGUGAAGUUCUGCAAGAUCAAGGCGUCGAGCACGGGCGCCGGGGAGCGCUUCUCCAGCGACGUGCUCCCCACGCUGCUCGUCUACAAGGGCGGCGAGCUGCUCAGCAACUUCAUCAGCGUUUCCGAACAGUUCGGCGAGGAGUUUUUUGCCGUGGAUGUGGAGGCUUUCCUAAAUGAGUAUGGGCUGCUGCCAGAGAGGGAGCUGCCAGCCCUGGAAAACGGCAACAUGGAUGAGCAGGAUGUUGAAUAA